CUGACACGAGCGAAAGAGGAGUUGGGAGCGGAGGAAAAGUCUAUGCAGUCAGAAAGUUUGGAGGAAAAAUAAGCGAAUGGACACAACACGCCAAGCACGACUCUAAGCUAACAGCAAAAACUCGGCUGGGGCGUCAGGCCUACUGUUAGUGGUUGACAAUGGACCCCAACAGUGAGACCAAGAAGAUGACCUCUUGCCUCCCAGGCAACCCUUCCUCUGAGACCCAGACACUGGCCCCACCCAGAGGCCCAGGCUGCAGCUGGCUGGUGGUGGUAGCAGCUGUAGCAGCCUCUUUGAGUGGCCUGAUGCUGGGCUAUGAAAUGGGCCUGACCUCUGGGGUCCUGCUGCAGCUGCGCGGCAUUCUCUCUCUCUCCUGCCGGGAACAGGAACUGCUGGUCAGCUCCCACCUGCUCGGCGCACUCCUCAUCUGCCUCGCCGGAGGUCCCAUACUGGAUCGCUACGGCCGCCGCUGCUCUUUGCUCCUGAGCGCCGCCCUGGUGGUUGCAGGGACCGUCGUGCUCAUUGCUGUGACUUCGCUUGUCGCGCUGACACUGGGCCGAGUGAUAGUCGGCAUGGGAACGGCGCUGUCUGGGACAGCAGCGUGUCUGUACAUUGCGGAGAUCUCACCGAGGGAGAGGAGGGGUCUGCUGGUGACACUGUAUGAGCUGAUGUUGGUUGUAGGUGUUAUGCUGGGAUUCAGCUGCAGUUACGCCUUUGCUACUCUGCCCCAUGGCUGGGUGUAUACAUUUGGACUAGUGGUCCCCCCAGCGCUGCUCCAAAUAGGUGCACUUGUGUUCCUCCCACCCAGUCCACGUUUCCUGGUCACUCAGGGUAAGGUGGAGCAGGCCAGGACAGUGCUGGCCAGACUGAGAGGUGGGUUUAAGGAGCAUGUAGAGGUGGAGCUCAGGGACAUCCAGACUGGACUUAAAGAGGAAUCAGAGCACAGCUUCUGGGAGUUGUUCAGUGCCAAGGCCAACCUGCGAUCACGGCUGCUAACAGGUGUAGCUUUAGUUUUCCUCCAGCAGGCUACUGGUCAGCCUAACAUCCUCUCCUAUGCUUCACCACUUCUCCGCAGUGUAGGCUUCAACAGCGAUGCUGCAGCAACCUUGGCCUCCACAGGGUUCGGAGUGGUCAAAGUAGUCGGCACGAUCCCUGCUGUGUUGCUGGUUGACCGUGUCGGACCUAAGAGCUUUUUGUGUGUGGGUGCUGUCGCAAUGGGAAUGUCCCUAGCUGUACUCGGAACACUGACACUGCAAAGCCACACUCACCUCACCAGCCUGUGUAAAAGUCGAACUAUACUAAACCACACACAAACGCAGUGGGAUUUAAACAGAACCUCUACAGACUUGGACGACAGUGACAUUUUUUCUACUCACCUCCCCAGCCAUUGGAUCACUGAGGAUGCACAGAGGACUAACAGGGAGGAUGCUGGGAUUAGGGAGUCAGGGGGAGGAAGGACUGGUGUAGAAGUGUCUUCCACACUGAAGUGGGCGUCAUUGAUCAGUUUGCUGGUGUAUGUGGCAGCAUUCUCCAUUAGCCUCGGUCCAAUGGUGUAUGUUGUUCUCAGCGAGAUCUUUCCAAUGGGAGUCAGAGGCAGGGCUGUGUCUGUGGUGUCGGCUGUAAACUGGGCCACGAACCUGCUCAUCUCCAUGACCUUCCUCACAUGUACCGAAAAGAUUGGAGUUCCCAAUGUGAUGUUCAUCUACGCUGCCAUGAGCUUUGUUCUACUGGUGUUUGUCAUCCUCUGUGUUCCUGAGACCAAAGGUCGCACGCUGGAGGAGAUUUCGAAAGAACUAGCCAAGAAGAAGCAUUUCAAGGUGAGUCUCUUUGGGCAGGUUCAGCCUCAGGAGAGUCUGAUCAGCAGCAUCACGUCCACAGAGAUGCCAGCGAACAGCUGAGUCCUUUACCGUGCCACAACUGUACACCUCACCGGAAGGGCAGUCAAGAACAAUCAUCAAGAAAGACAUUGUAGUAGUGUUGUUCAGACUUUGAGGUACAACUCGUACAACUCACCCACGUCACAUAAUGGAAAUGUAUUUGCUCAGAAGAAGGAUAGCUCAGGGUUCAUGCUUGCUUGUUUAAAAAAAAACAAUAAUAGAAGGCAAACAACUGGGAUUGAAUGCGAGACAAUAAAAAAUAUUUACAUGCCA